GUUUAAGGAGGGCAGUGAAUUCCCAAAGCUUGUGUUGGAGCUGCAGGCAGGAGCCAUGGCUGCUGGGUUCCUGAUUAGCAGGUUUCUGCUGAUUUUUGUGUUGAGUGAACUAAAGUACUCAUCGGUUUUUCCAUCAGUUGGGAGUUGGGGGAGUUUUCAGGUAACGUUCGACCCUGGCUUUCACCAUCACCACAAACCCACUAAUCCAUUGAUGAAUUACUGGUUAAAACUUAAGGAGUUGCCAAAUCUUUGGCACCACACACGGAACAAACCGCUGUGUUGUGAUGGUGACUCAAAGGUGCCUCGCCAUCCUGUCAAGCCUCCAGUCCCAAUCUGUGAACCAACAAACCAGGGACCAGACUGUCCUGUGAAACACGGCCCAACCCAUCCUGAACCAAAGUGGCCCAUCGUCAGUCAUGGUCCAUCCCAUCACCACUUGCACUGGCCUUUCUUUCGUGUCCUGCAUGGACUUCUCUGUCACCAGCACCCUUGUCCUCAUGCCCACAGCCACGCCUACGAUGAUGACCGCUGUUCUGCACAUCAGCAUCCUCGCCACUGUGGAAAACACAAACACCACCAUGGGCCUGUAUUCUACCACCCUCACCAUGGGCCUGGACAUCAUCAUCAUCACCACAACCACCAGCAGCAGGUCAAGGUCCCCCCGCAUGGCUGUGAACCUCACAGUAAAUUAUGUUCAUGAUGUCCAAGAAGUGAUUCAAGCUUUGUUGGCUCCUCUGAGUCAAAGCAGCCUGACCUCCACGGAGGACUCUACUUCCAGGUUGGGCCAGGAAUACUGAGCUGUGCAGGUGUCUGCAUCAAUAAAGAUUUCUGAUAGAG